CUGAAAAACAUUCUAGAGUAAGAUAUACAUAUAUUUAGGCAAUAAUUAAUUACUAAAGUUGAAAAUUAUAUAGAUUUAUUAUCAAUAAUAACUAAUCUUAUAUAAGUAGUAUGAUAACGACACUCGAAUCUGUAGAGUGACUUUUGAUUGACAAAUUAUGAGCUUUGUAUUUGACAGAAUAUAAUUCCCCACUCUUAUCCUUUUCCCUUUUAACCUAUUUCUCUUUUCUCUCUCUCUCUUUCAUAAUUGCUUGGCCAUGCUGACAGCUAUGCAAUUCCAUUUCAGACUUAAUUUCACAACCACUUUAUUGUUGCUUUGUAAUGGAGAUACAGUUUUUGGAAAAUUUUUGUAGUUUUAUUCAUCUUUAUUUAUUGACCCAAAAAAAAAAAAAACCUCACUCAAUCAAUUCCGUUAUCUUGCUAAUUAAGAAGCUUAGUUUAGCCCAUUAAUAUCUCUCAUCUCUCUGCCAAGCCAAAGGAAUGAAUUCCCAAUUGCAGAUCAGAAAAGGGGGUGGUUUUCAGAUUUCCUUUCUGUAGUAAAAAGGAGAGGGACUUUUGAAUUUUGAUUUAGAUGAGGGAAAAUUUUGCCUGAAAUGGUGGGCUAUGGGUGAUUAUAAGGUGAUUAGAAAUGGUGGGUUUUGCUCAGUUUAUAAUUGCAGUGCGGACAUGAAGUGGCCGAAGGCCCCAAACCCAUAAAAAGCCCACCACUUGUCUAUAAAAAUACAGCAAAGAGAAAAUACAGAAGAGAGAAGAGAACAAAGGAGAGGAGGGGGACUGGAGGAGGGGAGGGACAACAAUGUCAGAUUUGUAGUUUGUUUAGUGUGUUUUUAUUAUCCCCAUGCUAGAUCGCAUAAGAAAAAAGAAAAGAAAAAACAGAGAAAGAGAAAGAGAAACUAACCGGGUGGAUCCUCUGUGGAAAAAGCUUCCAAAAAACCCUCACUGAUUCAAUCGGCUGGCUCUCCCUUUUGAUCACUCUCAUCUCAGACCAAACGCUGCCACUUUCUUAACCGUUAUGUGCUUUUACAGCUCAGUGUGUUCCGGGAAGAUGGCACAGAAGCAAGGGCCAAACAACCCAUAAAUCCCAGAUUCAAGAAAAAAUGGUUAAACCCUGCUGGAAACCCCAUGAUGAUGGCGAUUCAAACGGACGAGUUGAUGGGUUGUUGUGGUCUAAGGAUCUGGGGCAUCAUGUUUAUGGACAAUUCUCCAUGGCAGUAAUCCAAGCUAAUAAUGUGGUGGAAGAUCAAAGCCAGCUUGAAUCUGGGGCAUUGAGUAUGACCAACCCGGGUCCGCAGGGGACUUUCGUCGGAGUCUACGACGGCCAUGGUGGAACCGAGGCUUCACGGUUUGUCAACGACAAUCUCUUCAGCAAUCUCAAAAGAUAUGCAUCUUUGCAUCAAAGCAUAUCAGAAAACGUUAUCAGGAAGGCUUUUGCAGCAACAGAAGAGGGAUUUCUCUCUCUUGUCCAGAAGCAGUGGCUUAAUGAACCAAAGAUUGCAUCUGCUGGAUCAUGUUGUUUGGUGGGGAUCAUAUGCAAUGGACAACUAUAUAUUGCAAAUGCAGGUGAUUCGAGAGUAGUGCUUGGGAGAACUGAGAGAGCCACUAAAGAAGUCAUUGCCAUUCAACUCUCCGCAGAGCACAAUGCAAGCAUAGACUCAGUGAGAGAUGAACUUCGGAUGGUUCAUCCAGAAGAUCCUCAGAUUGUGAUUCUAAAACACAAUGUUUGGCGAGUUAAAGGUCUCAUACAGAUUUCAAGAUCCAUUGGUGAUGCAUAUUUGAAGAAGGCACAAUUCAAUAGACCUCCUCUGCCACCUAAAUUUCAACUGCCUGAGCCAUUUUACAAACCGAUCCUCAGUGCAGAACCAUCAACGCUGGUACACAAACUCCGUCCAGAAGAUCAAUAUCUCAUAUUUGCUUCUGAUGGCCUUUGGGAGCACCUUAGCAACCAGAAGACUGUUGACAUCGUCAACAGCUAUCCUCGAAAUGGAAUAGCAAGGAGACUUGUCAAGGCUGCACUUCGAGAAGCAGCUAAAAAAAGAGAGAUGAGAUAUUCAGACCUGAAAAAGAUAGAUAGAGGGGUGAGAAGGCAUUUCCACGACGACAUCUCUGUGGUAGUUGUGUUCUUAGAUCCUCAUUUGAUCAAUGGUAGGCCGGCCCCCUGUUCCUUGUCAAUCAGAGGAGGAGAAGGUCUCCCUUCAUCGGCAAACUCCUAGCUGGUAAACUUCGUUAAUGUCUUUAUACCCUUUUCAAUUUCUUGACAAACAAAACUAGAAAUUUCAGGCUUCUUAGAAAGAUCUAUCAAUUUGUAAGAUCUUCUAUUAGCGAGUAAAAUAGAAGAUGACGGAUGUAAAUGUACAAAGUUCGUAAAUUGUUUCUUGAUGUAACAAAAUGAAACGACAUCCUUCAUCUUUGUAAA